GCCUGAACCCCCCGGCCUUCAAUCCCUGGAUGCGGCCACCAGGCUUUGGUGCGCCGUACCAUCCUCGUCCACCGGCGCAGUCUCAGUCGGCUCCCGCACCUAGAGCCCCUUGGCCGCCGAAGAGCCGUGACGAAGCGAUGAGCUACCAAGCUUACCGCAUUCGGAACAACAGGCAUAGCCAGGGGACCAAGGACAGGCUGAGAGAAUUCUGCAAGACGCAUCGCUUCUCCAUUGAUGUGGAGACAGUGCUCAGCAUGUUGGACGAGUCCAUGUGCGAGUACAUGCUCAACGACCGAAUGUUAAUUGCCAAUAUGGAGAAAUCCUCGAAUCCGCAUCAGGUGUUGCUUGACGAUCUGACCAGGAAGAGGGAUCCUUCGGUGGCCACUAUCAUGAG